CUGCAGGGGAAGCGCGUUGUUCAAAAACCAAACGCAUACGGGGAAAAUAAUUCAGCUGACGCCGCUUCGAAGUCGGAAUGAAGGAAUAGUUUUAGUUAACUUUGAUACAGAUUUAACCCAAUAUCGUCGUUUUUUUUAAUUACUUGAGUUUUGGCGAUCUUCUCAAUAAGUUAAAUUUAGUUAACCAGGCGCUCAUCGCACUUUUGAGGUAAGCAUGGCGCUGUCUUUGUCCUCCCCGUCGGUAUGUCCCUAUGAUGAGGAUGAGGAAAUGGCUGUGUUUGAGUCUACGGCAGCAGAGCAUGGAGGCCUGUCCAGACCACGUCUGCCUGAGAUCUCUGUCAUUUCCCCCGGCCUGAACACCCGGCCAUCCAUUACAGAACCGAAACUAGCAGUGAAAUCUGCAGCUGUGAAACAAGGUAGCUGUGAUGAAGAGAACACAGAGAAGGUGAAGGUUUUUCUGCGCAUCCGGCCACUUACUGAGACUGACAAUGUUAGGGGAGAAGAAGCGGGUUGUGUGGCCGUCCAAGAUGAAGAGACUCUGCUGCUCAAAGCUCCAAAAGAAUCUCAGAACAUGAGGACCGCAGAGAGGGGCAUCACCCAGAGCAUGCACAAGUUCAGUUUCUCGAAGAUCUUUGGGCCAGAGACCACACAGCAACAGUUUUAUGAGUGCACGAUGAAGAAAAUGGUCAAAGAUGUGCUUCAAGGAGAAAACCGACUUCUCUACACUUACGGUGUCACCAAUUCUGGAAAGACGUACACUAUUCAGGGCACUGGUCGAGAGGCAGGCCUCAUACCCCGGGCUUUAGCGUCUCUGUUCAGGAAACUGCACGGCCGUCUCUAUAGUGCCAUGGACCUGAAGCCGAUGAUGUAUCACGAUGUGAGGCAGCUUGAUGCCGGAGAGGUCAGGGUGGAGGAAAUCCGCAGAAACUCUCUGCUCAAAGAGGAUGACUUUGCGACUUCUCGUCGAGGUGCCACCACUACAAUCUGGGACAGCGGCAUUGGAGGACUCUCCGCUACAAGUAACCUCGCCACCCAGCUUGACGACACAGACAGUGUUUGCCUGGAGCCUGACAGCCUUUCACACAGUGGAGGAGAUCUGGAGGAAGGGGUGCAGUUUUCUAUCUGGGUGUCCUUCUACGAGAUCUACAAUGAGUUCCUGUAUGACCUUCUGGAUGCUUCGCCCUCCCUUCAGCCCAGAAAAAGGGUUACACUGCGGCUUAGUGACGACAAGCAGGGCAACCCAUAUGUGAAAGACCUCGCUUGGAUCCAGGUCCGCAGUGCAGAGGAAGCUUGGAGGAUUCUGAGGGCUGGACGUCGUAACCAGAGCUUCGCCAGCACUCACCUCAACCAAAACUCCAGCCGUAGCCACAGCAUUUUCUCGAUUCGCGUCCUGCACGUCCGCCCAGAUGCCGUCCAGGCCACGCACAUCAGCGAACUGACUGUGUGUGAUCUGGCUGGGUCUGAACGCUGUAAAGAGCAGCGUAAUGGUGAGAGGAUGAAGGAGGCCAACAACAUCAACACCUCGCUUUUAACACUGGGACGCUGUAUUGCUGCUUUGAGGCACAACCAGAACAACAAAACACGACCCCCUCAAGUGGUGCCCUUCAGGGACAGUAAACUAACCCGGGUCCUGCAGGGUUUCUUCUGUGGCCAAGGAACCUCCAGCAUGGUGGUCAACAUCAACCCGUGUGCUUCCAUCUAUGACGAGACCCUCCAAGCCCUCAAAUUCUCAGCUAUUGCUACUCAACUGGUCCAUGGCCCGUCCACAAAGACCAGAGUGGCCUACAUCUUGUCCCUGCUGCGUGAGCCAACAGCAAAUGGUAACGAAAGCACAGUGAUGGAAGACGAAGAGGAUGAGAGUGAUGUUGAAGAUGGCGAUAUCAGCAUGUUAAAUACUGAGUCUUUGCUGCAGGCCAUUGAUGUCCUGAAGAGAGAGGUGCAGCGCCAGCGGGAAGAGAAAGAGGUCCUUGAGGCAAAUGUGAGAGAGCAGGUGGUCUCUGAGAUGAUGGAGGUUAUCUCUGGGAUGCAAGAUGGCUUCAGUGAGACCUUGGUGGCAGAAAGAGCUCUAAUUGAAGAGAGGUACGAAGACAAGAUAACCAACUUGCAAAAACAUUUGAAGAAAUUCUACAGCCAGGAGCUGAAGGAGCGUGAUCAGGAGAUUGAAGCUUUGUCCGCUGCCCUGGAAAAAAGCAAGGCAGGGGAUUCGGCCCUGCAUGGAGACUUGGAAGGGCCUCGGCGGUCUCAGCGCCUCGCUAUUCAGGCAGAAUUUGGCAGUCUGCAAGUGGAGCUUGACCAGUGUCGCGCUGAGCUGCUCACCAAGACACAAGAGCUGACAAAGCUGAAGAUGCAGCUGGAAGUCCCAGGUCCCACAGGCACCCACACUGGUGCUGCUGACCGCAAGCUGGAGGAAGGCCAACGGAACCUGCGCCAGCUGCGCCUGGAUUUGCAGCGGCUCGGUGUGGACCUGCAGUCUGGUGAACGAGCCUGCUGUCGCAACACGGGAGGAGAGAGGCUGCGGCAGGCACUAACAGCUGCAGAUGAGACACUAGCCAAACAGGACCAGAUCCUAUCGGACCUCCAGAAUGGCCUGAUGCUUGUAAAGGCCGACUUGAGGCGGAAAGCGGAGACCCUGUCCCAGACACAGGCCUUCCAGCCCCAGCUUCCCCCCCCAAGCUUUGUUGCCUCCAGCACACCAGGCUCCUGCAAGAAAAGGGGCUGUGGGGUCGCUGCACCAAGCGACACUGAGAACCGCCCUCCGCAAAAACGGCCCUUUUUCACAUCUCUGUUCCCGACGCGUACUCCAACACGUAAAAACACUCGUGAAGAAGCAAAUGUUACCCCUUACUCACGGAUCUUGCGGUCUCGCCAACAGUCUCCACCUCCCAGCCCUGUCCCCACCCCUCGUAGUCUCAGGGGAAAGUACUGAGUGUUUUGAAGCGUCUGUCCUCUUUGAUAUUAUGCACAAAAAAAGUUUUAUUUGCUUAUAACUUUAUAGUAUUUUUAUAUUGCUUUGUAUAUAUUUACUUUUUUUGCAGUGCAGUUAACUCACUGUUGUCAUGCCAUAU